AUGACUUACUCGAUGAAACAUGUACUCCUCGCCGGCCUCACUCUUGUUACGGCAGUGUUGGGUCAGGACUGUGGCAGAUUCACCGUUUUCACCGAUAGGGGAGCGAGUUCAAACUCAUACAAUUGCGAUGCAUUCAUUGAUGACGCCAUGAUGCCGUACCUUGCCUGGUAUAAUGGCACUACCACCCUCACCCUGACCGGCGGACCGGCCUCUGAAUGCCCCGACAAAACCUGGCAACCGCUGAAUAACUCCUUGCUCAUUGGUGGCAUGACUGUUCCUGGAAAUGCCACGCUUGACCGGACCAAGUAUGACAACAACACCUUCUACUUUGUCAUGCCCGAGCAGUCGAACGACAACAUCAGCGUGGUCUUCCAAUCAUCGUCAGACGAAUGGUACAGCGAACCCCAAGGCUGGCAGAUCAACGCGACCAAAGCUGGGGAUGGGUACGACAUCGCCGGAACCUGGAUUGGGACAAGGCCAGACAACAACUACCUCGACUUCCCUGGCGUCCCCGGUGACGAUUGUUGGGACAGCGGGCCGAUCUGGCUGGGACAGUACGGUUACUUUGACGAGUACAAAUGGACGCUUGUGGGAUACGUGUCUCCCACGGCCGCCAAUCUGAGUGUCGUCAUGACCGAGACUGACGACGACGGAGAGGUGUGGCACAUAUACACCAAUUUCACCGGCAAGGCGGGACCCAAGGGCCCAAAACUGGUGACCAUCGGGGCUGCGCCGACGACGGAUGCUCAUGCUUAAUGACUGAUCUGGAGCCAGCUGGCCCCUCCGGUUGCCUUCGC